CCACCCUCAGAACGAGCUGCAGCAGAUCCGCCUGUGCUUUGAGAGGAAGAAGAUGGUCAUCACAGAGGCGUGGGACAACGUGGCUGAGAUGCCCAUGGCCCUGAACAACCAGGCCACUGGGCUCCUGAACCUCAAGAAGGACAUCUGGGGCGUGCUGGACCAGAUGGAGAACAUCCAGCUGGGGAUUCUCAGGGAACGGGCCCAGUGCCACACUCAGGCCAGGAAGGAGCCGCAGAUGGCGAGCAUGGCAAAAGGGAGGCCAAAGCUGGAAAGCUCCAAGGGCCUGGCAGGCCAGCUCUGGCUGCUGAUCCUGAGGCUGCUGCUGGGCACCCUGCUGGUCGCCUACGUGUACAUGGUGAACCCCAGGCCCUUCGAGGGACUGGUGCCGCCCCUGCUGAGCCGUGCCACCAUCUGGAAGCUCCAGGCCCUGCUGGACCCCCUGCUGUGACUUGAGGUGGAUGGCUUCCUGUCCUUCUAGGCCCGGAGGCCCAGCGGCCCCAGCGAGGAGGUGGCCAGGAGACCAGCACUGCCCCAGAUGCCCAGUGGCUGCACCAGCCCCCUGCACACGGCACCACUGUGCACCAUCCCUGCCAGAAGCUGCAGAGAAGGGUGGAGGUGGGGUCUGUCCUGAGGGUUGGGCCUGUGGCUGGACAUAGAAUCAUGACAUAUGUA